AUGCCUGCCCGUCGGCCCGUGCUCAAAGUCGUAGCCAGGCGCACAUCCGACUCCUGUCCCUUCCUGAACGAGGAGCUCGCAUUCGAGCUCUGUCCGGGCGAGGUAGUCUGGCUAAGAGGCGCCUCCGGGGCCGGCAAGUCGUACACGAGCCUGCACCUCGCCGGGCUCGCGAAGCUUCCCGGCGCAGAGAUCCACAUGGAGUGGGAUCCGAGCGUCGCCGCCGCGCAGCGCAUCGGCUUCCUAUUCCAGAAGGGCGUGCUCAUCGACUCACUCUCGCUCGCCGCCAACCUCGCGCUCGCAGCGGAGGCCGCCGCCCUGCCUGCAGACUCGGACGCGAUCGCGGCGGCGCUCGAGGCUGUGGGUCUCUCUCCCUCGGCCGACGGGUCAAAGAUGCCGGGCGAGCUCAGUGGCGGCAUGCUGCGCCGCGCCGCCCUCGCCCAGAUCCUCGCGCAGCGCAAGUGUGCGGACCCUACGGGACAGAGAGCCACUGUGACCGACUUUGAGACGGAGAGGCCUCUCCGCGGCGUGGGCGGUGGCUUGAGCACGCUGCGGCGCCUCCGCCUCAGGCGCGUCGUGAUUCUGGACGAGCCGUUUGUCGGGCUCGACCCUCCCGUGGCGGGGGAGAUCACCGCCCUCCUCAAGCGGGUCGCCGCAGAGCACGGCAUCACUCUCCCGCUCCGCCUCCUCUCGCAGUGCGACAUGCCUCUCUUUACGGAUGCCGCCGACGGAGACGCGGCGCGGCAAGACGCAGACCUGUCGGGACUGCGCUUCGCCGUUCGCGCCUCGCGCCGGUUCGCCGACUACUUCUUCAUCUCCGCGCCGCUUAUCGCGAUGGCGUUCGCGGCCACCGGCGCCGCGCUCUCGAUGCUCCUCGCCGACAUGCUGCAGCGGGUGCGGAUCAUCGCUACCUUCCUCACGCGCUACCUCGCGGGCAACCCCGCGCUGCCCCUCAUCCUCCAACUCGUCGACGGAGUCGUCAAGCAGAACGAGGCCGCAGCCAAGCGGAAGCUCUACGCGCUCGCCAUCGGCGCAGCCUCGCGAGGCCUAGGCUCCUUGCGGAGAGCGCGGUCCGUCUUCACGAUCGAGCUCGGCCCGCUGCUCACCGCGCUCCUCCUCGCAGGCCGGAUCGGAGGCUCGUACGCCGGCGAGGCUGGCGACGUCGCGAUGAUGGCCUCCACCUCGCAGGUCGACCUGCUCAAGGCUCUCGCCGCGCCGCUCCUCUCGCUGCUCGGCACCGCCGUCGCGCUGCUGAUGGGGGCGGUGGUCGGCGGAGGCGGAGGGUUCGACAUGAUAUCUCCCGACGAGUACUGGCGCGAGAUGCGGCCGCUGCUGCUCGAGCGACCGGAGGGGCAGCACCUGCUCAAGUUCGCGCCGCUGGUCAACGUGUACCGCUCCCUCGGCUUCAUGCUGUGCACGAUGGGCAUCUCGCAGCUCUGCUCGCGCAGCCGGCGGAGGCUGCAGCCGCGGCACGUGCCCCUCGUCAUCACGUCGGCGGUGGUGCUGUCGUGCCUCGCCAUCCUCUUCCUCGACUGGGGCUUCUCGCAGCUCUUCGCAGGCGGGGACGGGAGGCUGGGCGAUGGCGCCGAGGGCGGUGCGGAGGAGGAGUACGACGAGUUUGCAGACGAGCUCUGA